AUGUACCGACCCACUCAAAGACGAACUCUGAAUCAAGUAAAGCCCAAUUCGGCAUUCUUGAAUCAUGGCCAACAGCAACAAAUGCCACCGCCACCACCACCGCCUCAGCAAUUCCAUCACCGUCGCUCCACGGGCAGCAGCCUCGGCAAGAACAAUGGAAGCACCAACUCGUUGCAGUAUAAUCAGCAACAACCACCAAAUGGUAGCGGACAACCGCCUUCUAUUAUUCACCGACCGCCUCCACGAUCGCCUGGAGACAUGAGCUUUAGCAGUGCCGGGACGAGUACUAGUACUUCGAAUCUGUAUGGUGCAGGAGCAGCCUCUCAUACUAUAAUGCAGCCAUCUCAUCCAGCGGUAGCAUCAUCAUUGGCAUCAGCAUCAACAUCAGCAGCAGCAGCAGCGUAUCCUUCCGCAACCUCCUCCUCCUCCUCCUCGUAUCCACAACACAAUCCACAAAAUCAUUAUGCUGAAGUACGUCGAAAACCUGCGAAUGCCUAUUCUCAGAGUAGAAAUGGAGGUGGCAUUUCCUGUGGCUUCUUUUUGCUCUGGACCUGUCUACUAGCCGGUGGCGGAUGGUUGUAUUUCAACUAUUUCCUAUUGCCAUCCCUCGUCAAAGAUGUUACCCGCGAAGAAGUGGAACAUACCAAACAUCAUUGGAUGACCAAAUAUCAUUCCUUGCAACUCAGUCAUGAAGCUCUCGAGAAGUCACACGUCGAAUUGAAACAAACCGCCGAAGCGGCCAUUGUGGCGGCCGAAAAGGCUCAAAAACUCAAUGGGAGUACCAAUUCGGAACAAGUUCAAUCUCUCUCGAGAGACUUGGAAGAAACCACCAACAUGCUCAUGCAAGAACGAACCUGGGCUGGAGAAUGGAAGGCAAAGGCUAUUGGGUUGGAAGAACAUGCCAAUUUUGUCAAGCAACAAAUUCAAGAAUUCUCCAGACGACGAUUGAUUCAAAAAUACGGGUACCGCCAAUUGGCCGUCGAACUCGAACUCAACUUUGGCGAAAACGACUCGGCUUGGAUUACCGUCGAAUUGGCGCCCAUGGACGAAAUGCCACAUUCGGUCUUCACCUUCCUGGAACAGGUCGAAAUGGGCCUGUACGACGAUGGUGGAUAUGCCUUUCAUCACAAUGGAGAACACAUCAUCAUGGGCGCACCCGUGUACAACCAAUUGACGCCACCCGAUAUGGACCCCGCCCAACGCUUUGCCGACAGUGGCGUGGCGUCCGUCUUGUUUCAAGAAUAUUCCUACAAUUAUCCUCACGGUGCCUACACGGUCGGAUUUGCCGGUCGUCCCGGUGGACCCAAUUUCUAUUUCAAUACCCGGGACAAUUCGGAAUUGCACGGACCGGGGGGAUAUGCCGAAGAUGGGAGUGCGGAUCCAUGUUUCGGACGAGUGACACGGGGGACAGAUAUCAUUGAUCGGAUGCAUGCCUUGACUGGGACGAACUUUGAACCGGGAGAUUGGAAGGAAAUGAAUCCCUACGUGGCGGUGCGAUGGAUCAAGAUACUCAAUUAG